GGGGGAAGCUGAGGUGUGGCGCUCCUCAGCGGGGAAGCUGCAGGUCUCCUCUGCCUGCAUGGGAAAUGACGUUGCCUUGGUGAUGCCAUGAUUUGCGCCCUGCCAGUUGGGCUGAGAUCAUGGCAGAUAGUGAGUAGGAAAGCAGACUGGCAUCUCUCUGUAUCUCUCUCUGAAUUAUAGGAUAGCUGAUGAUGACAGACCUAGAACCAAUUCUGCGUGUGGCCUUCUAGAUGCACCUACCUGUCGAAUCUCCUUUUUACCUUCCAGAUUCCCCCCCCCCCACAACCCCCAGAAAUACCUCUAACAGUCUGGGAAAGGGAUACGUCCUUGCUGUGCUUCCUCCCCACUUCUCCUUUUUUUCUUUUCCAAAUUACACUUAAUCCCACAGAUAAUUCCUUUUCCCAUCACCAUCCACCACCCCACCUUUGUGUUAGACUUCCAAUCUACUCAAUUGCAAUUUCUUCCCACUUCUGUUACUUUCUUUCACACACCUUUAACCUAAUUUCAUACUCCUUUUUCUAUCACACAUUGUUAUCCAUCUUAUUUAGUAUUUCAGUAUUUAAAAUGGAACUUGUUUAUUUUAAUAGGAGUUCUGAUUUUUCAAUAUGGUUUUGCAAGGAUCCUUUAAACGCCUUCCAGUCCCUGUCUAUCUUCUCUUUUGAGAUCCUUCUAAUUUCUCCCAUUGUUUUGGAUAUAUUGUAAUAGUCCAAUAAUUUGGGAAGCCACUCUGUUUUUGUCGGUAUAAUACCACUUUUCCAAUUUUUCGCAAUCAGUAGCCUUGUGGCUACUGUUGCGUGUAAAUAUAACGUCUUGUCUUCUUCCUUUAGACUUCCUGGUACAGGAUCCCCACUUCUUUAUCCCUACAGUUCCCCUCUUAAGAAUAAAAGAAAUAUCGAAUUGUGGAGUUGGAAAGGACCACGAGGUAUCGUUUGGUCCAACCCCCUGCAAAGCAGAAAUCUUUUGCCCAAGGUGGGGCUCGAACUCACCAGCACCUGCCUCAUGGCGCAAACUGCAACUCGCUUGGAGGUUUCUGGCGUGGGCUAAGAUUUAAACCCCACACCAAGGGGGCCGGUCUCUUUUACAGAGUAAAAGCAGUCUGGUACUGGCCUCGAGGGAAGAGAUGGGAGUCAGGAUUCAAGCGAGGAGGAGCAAUGAGAAGUAUCCAUUCAAAGUCCGGCUUCAGAGUUUGGGACAGAUAGGUUCGCCAUAUUUCAAAAAGUGAAAAUCGGGACAUUUUUGGUUGAGCUUCUUUUUUGGGGGGGGGGGGGUUAUGUCCAGGAAAUUCCAGGCAUAUGGCAGCCCUAGAGAUAGACGUGCCAUUUCGGUUCUCUUCCUUUCUCAUUUUCCCAAACUUAAACCCAGUUCCGCACGUUAGCUUUUGCAAACGAUUCUUAUCAGGAGGCGAAAACGGGAUAGUGGAGCCCUUUAAUUUGUUCCGUGCUUUGGGUCUAGUUAGCUCAUCGGACGAACAUCAUGUGACUUCAGCCUCAAAGGACCCUUCAGUCAACACACCUGGCACGAGGACGCAAGAGGAUGAGGUUUGUACGUCACAAUACAGUGGUAGCUCGGGUUACAUACGCUUCAGGUUACAAAUGCUUCAGGUUACAGACUCCGCUAACCCAGAAAUAGUACCUCGGGUUAAGAACUUUGCUUCAGGAAGAGAACAGAAAUCGUGCUCCGGCGGCGCGGCAGCAGCAGCAGGCCCCAUUAGCUAAAGUGGUGCUUCAGGUUAAGAAUAGUUUCAGGUUAAGAACAGACCUCCGGAACGAAGGACGCAGGUGGCGCUGUGGGUUAAACCACAGAGCCUAGGACUUGCCGAUCAGAAAGUCAAGAGGUUCGCAUCCCCGCAAUGACGGGGUGAGCUCCCGUUGCUCGGUCCCUGCUCCUGCCAACCUAGGAGUUCGAAAGCACGUCAAAGUGCAAGUAGAUAAAUAGGUACCGCUCCAGUGGGAAGGUAAACGGCGUUUCUGUGCGCUGCUCUGGUUCUCCAGAAACGGCUUAGUCCUGCUGGCCACAUGACCCGGAAGCUGUACGCCGGCUCCCUCGGCCACUAAAGCGAGAUGAGUGCCGCAACCCCAGAGUCGGACACAACUGGACCUAAUGGUCAGGGGUCCCUUUACCUUUACCAGUGUACUUUCCCUUCCGAAAAUAGGGAGCCAAAUUAGGCCACUUGGUCCCUAUGGCUCGUUAUUUGACAACACCAGGGGUCGCCAAACCAUCAUUUCUGGGCACCCACAGCCUCCUUCACUGGUGUUCCCAGCCUAGGGCUCUGAGCAAUCCCAUAAUAGCCCCAGCUAUGCUUGUGGGGGGGUGCUUUUUUGCCAAAGUCUAAACCUCAGGGAAAUGGAGUGCAGCCAAUGAGCGAAGUCAGAACUGUGAUGGACAAGCGAGUUGUCUGCACACAGGAAUCCCUCCGCGGCGUUGUUUUCCCCCUUGGAAGCACUCUCCCUGCUUCUGUCGUAUUUUCUGGGCAGAAAUCCACAGUUUGAGCCAGUGCCGGAUUUACGUAUAAGCUAAACAAGCUAUAGCUUAGGGCCCCACUCUCUUGGGGCUCCCCCAAAAAAAUUAAAGGAAAAAGAUACUGGAUGUACCGUAUUUUUCGCCCCAUAGGACGCACCGGCCCAUAGGAUGCACCUAGUUUUUUUGGGGGGGGGGAAAUGAUUCCCCCCCCCAGGUGCGGGUCUGGGGGCGGGGGAAGCCCGAGCUUCCCCUGACCCCAGCCCCCAGAACAGGCUGCUAUCCGCUAGCCGUGGGAGAGCCGCGCGACUUCGCGCGGCUCUCCCACAGCUUGCGGAGCGCUGCGCGAAGCCCGAGGCUUGGGACGGGCUGAGCUCAGCGCGCCCCAAGCUUCUGGGUGCAGGCAAGGUCUCCGCUAGCCGUGGGAGAGCUGCGUCUCCCACGGCUAGCGGAUAGCUUCCUGAAGCCUGGAGAGCGAGAGGGGUCGGCCCCGCUUGCUCUCCAGGCUUCAGCGAAAGCCUGCAUUCACCCCAUAGGACGCACACACAUUUCCCCUUCAUUUUUGGAGGGGGAAAAGUGCAUCCUAUAGGGCAAAAAAUACGGUACAUUUCCAAAAUAUAAGAUAAAAAACAAAGCAACAGUGCAGUGGUACCUCGUGUUACAUAUGCUUCAGGUUACAUACACUUCAGGUUACAUACUCCGCUAACCCAGAAAUAUUGCUUCAGGUUAAGAACUUUGCUUCAGGAUGAGAACAGAAAUCGUGCUUCAGCGGCACAGCGGCAGCGGGAGGCCCCCAUUAGCUAAAGUGGUCUUCAGGUUAAGAACAGUUUCAGGUUAAGUACGGACCUCCAGAACGAAUUAAGUACUUAACCCGAGGUACCACUGUACAUAGAGGGCUGCAGCGAGGUGUUUUCUUGUCACCCCCACAGACACACACCCCCCCUGUUGCAACGUCACUGAGGUAGAUAAGAUUAAGUGACUGGGACUGCAGCGCUUUUCUCCUUAAGAAGCUUGUUUUUUGGUUGUGCUAAUUUGUGGGUGAACAUAUCAGACGUCGCAGCGAUUCUUCAAACAGCUCUUGUUUAUUCAGAGGCCAGAACAGAACUGAGCUGAAGGGUUCAGCCAGCCUGUUUAUAUAGAGCUCCAGUACAACGUAGCUGUAACAACUUUCUGUAACUAUCCAAUCACUGAACGUCACUUUCGAUCCCUUAUUUGCAUAACUACCUACAGUAUCCCCCUACUGGCCCAGGGUGAAAACUUCAGUACAUAGCAGGUUGUUUGGCGACUGUGCAAACCAACCUCCCCACCCCUCGUUUCUCAGCUUUCAGAUACUACCCUUCACAACCCAAGCUGGCCUCCGGAGACGACAAACCCUCACACCACAAGCAGCAUUCUGUGUGUCCCCGAUGAAGCCAUCCGGAGGAUUUCCACCACCACCAAGAGCAACAGCCUCGCACCCUCUACCACGAGGUAUUUAAGUGAGUACCAACCAGACUGGCGGGCGAGCGAAGACGGGGAGCUGGUAAGAUGAUGGAUUUUUCGGAGCUAGCCGACCUAACCGGAAGAGUCUGCGACCAGAAGGAGGAGGAGUAUCAGGAAGAAUGGAAUAAAUUUAAUGAUUAUCUAGUUAGAUUUGUUAAGUUAAAUCAACUGAAAACAGCUUGCAGAUACUUAAUGGGCUUAGGAUUUUAUUUAUGUUAAGUGAUGAAUUAAUACGUUUAAUUCCAUAAGGAUGUUAAUGUUUACGUUAAAUUUCAUAAAAAUUGGGAUUUGGAAAGCCGUUAAAAGGACAUGCAAUGAAAUUCAACCAAGGGGAAGUGAGAAAGUCACUUAACAAAGUUAAUAACUGUAAUUUUCAAUAAGGCUAUGAUUUAUGUCUGCUUGUUUUGUGUGUUUGUUGGUUGUUUAUAAUAUUGUGAAAACCACUGUAUUUUUCGCUCUAUAAGACGCACCAGACCACAAGACGCACCUAGUUUUUGGAGGAGGAAAACAAGAAAAAAAAUAUUCUGAAUAUCAGAAGCCAGAACAGCAAGAGGGAUUGCUGCACAGCGAAAGCAACAAUCCCUCUUGCUGUUCUGGCUUCUGGGAUAGCUGCGCAGCCUGCAUUCGCUCCAUAAGACGCAUACACAUUUCCCCUUACUUUUUAGGAGGGAAAAAGUGAGUCUUAUAGAGCAAAAAAUACGGUAAUAAAAAAAAAUGGGGGGGGGGGGAGAAGACGGGGAGCUGGUAAGCGGCGUCUCCGAGAUGGGCUUGCGGGCAAGGAGGAUAACACAAUAUGCUUUCCCUGCAGCCACAGAAGCUCAAUCGAGACUCGAGAGGCAGCCCUCGCAGGACGAGGAGUUGUUGGGCACCAAUGAGAACGAGCUGGUGAUGCAAAUGACGAUAUCAGAAUAUGAGCUGUUCCCGGGACUGGGAGAUAGCUUUUCUCAGGAGGGACCAGGGAGCGGGCUGCGACAUUCAUUCGAAGAGCAACUUACCGCUUACAGGGCUCCCCAAAAUAAGAUAACGUCCCACCAGGAAUUGCCAGAGGAGGUACGCUGUUGUUUUUUUAAAAAAUCAGCAAGGUGGGGACCAGGUAGGGAUGUGGUUUGGUUCACAUUUCGGCAGGCUGAGACCCUUCCUGUCCACGGACUGUCUCGCCAGAAUGGUGCAUGUUCUAGUUAUCUCCCGCUUGGACUACUGCCAUGCGCUCUACGUGGGGCUGCCUUUGAAGGUGACCCAGAAACAAUAACUAAUCCAGAAUGCGGCAGCUGGACUGGUGACUGGGAGCGGCCGCCGAGAUCAUAUAACACCGGUUCUAAAGGAGAUACACUGGUUUCCAGUCCGUUUCCGAGCACAAUUCAAAGUGUUGGUGCUGACCUUUGAAGGCCUAAAUGGACGUGGCCCAGUAUACCUGAAGGAGUGUCUCCACCGCCAUCGUCUAGCCCGGGCACUGAGGUCCAGCUCCGAGGGCCUUCUGGCGGUUCCCUCACUGUGAGAAGUGAGGUUAUAGGGAACCAGGCAGAGGGCCUUCUCAGUAGUGGCUCCUGCCCUAUGGAACGCCCUGAUGUCAAGGAAAUAAACAAUCUUAGAAGACAUCUGGGGAUGCAGGUGGUGCUGUGGGUUAAACCACAGAGCCUAGGGCUUGCUGAUCAGAAGGUCGGCGGUUCGAAUCCACGCGACCGGGUGAGCUCCCGUUGUUUGGUCUCAGCUCCUGCCCACCUAGCAGUUUGAAAGCAUGUCAAAGUGCAAAUAGAUAAAUAGGUACCACUCCAGCGGGAAGGUAAACGGCAUGCUCUGGUUCGCCAGAAGCGGCUUAGUCAUGCUGGCCACAUGACCCGGAAUAUGUCUACGGACAAACGCCGGCUCCCUCGGCCUAUAGGGGGAGAUGAGCGUGCAACCCCAGAGUCGUCCGCAACUGGACGUAAUGGUCAGGGGUACCUUUACCUUUUAGAAGACACCUGAAGGCAGCCUUGUACUGGGAAGUUUUUAAUGUUUGAUGCUUUAUCGUGUUUUAAAUACUCCGUUCGGAACCACCCAGAGUGGCUGUGGAAACCCAGCCAGAUGGGCGGGGAAUAAAUAAUAAAAUUAUUGUAUGCCCCCAGGAUAUUUCUUCUACAGAACUUGUCGCUUCUAUUGAACUCCUUGGUCAGAAGCUCUGCAGUGCCAGUCCAUACUAAAACUGAUUUCUUUCCCCUAGGAAGAUGAGGAAUGGAAGGAAGCAUCGGCAGAAAAUUUACCGGGAGAGAAAGGCUCACAGGAAUAUGUGCUGGCGUCUUCACCUCCACCAGAACCCAUGCUACCACCGCCACCAGCAGAAGGGGAGUUGGUGACCCCUCUUACAGCCCCAGAGAGGGAAUGGCUGCCCCCCCCGACACCCCCGCAGAGGGGUCGAAUGACUCCCCCAGUGCCACCUUUGCAGAGCGAGUGGGUGAUAUUUGAGAGGACACUUAUAGAGAGGGAGAGGGUGACCCCGGUGACUCCGCCAACAGAGAGGGGGUCGCAUGGUUCUCUGCCGCCGUCCCCUCAAGUGUUGCCUGUCGUUCCACAGCCACGGGACGAGGAACCUCAGCUAGCAGCCCCCACGGAAAUAGCCGCCACGCCCCAGCCGCCGCUGCCAGGCCCUGAUCCGCAACCAGAGAAAGCGAGGACCCCCCCUCGGCAGACGUCAGAGGAAGAGCCGCUUAUCCCCUGGGCUUCAGCCACAAAUGCGUUUUCGGUUUUCCAGACGGUGGAAAAGGUACCGUAUUUUUAAUCAUUAAUUUUUUUUUCAAGGAAAAAAUAUUAUUUAUCAGGUCUGUUACUUCUUCAAGAGACAGUAAGCUGCAGAGGGAAAUCUGGGGAAAGGAAGGAAAAUGCAAAGCAAACUCAUUUUUGCUUUGUUAUUUUCUGCUGGUUUUGACCGGAAUGAAUCCUCUCAAGGGGCCUUUGGAAAAACUGCCCAUCGAGUAAAUGUUUCUUUUUUCUAUCUACAGUAUCCCCCUGCUGGCCCAGGGUGAGAACUUCAGUAUAUAACAAAAUAGUUGCUUUCAACUGUUUUUAACUGAUGAUUUUAUUGUUUUUCUCUCUUUGUAAACCAUUUUGAGGGUGUUAACAACCAAGCGAUGUAUAAUUUCUAUUAAGUAGACGAACUCCCAGCAUGGCCCAAAAUUCAAGGGUUGUGUUUUUUUUGUGGUUUUUUUUUUGUUUUUGAGUACUUCCUUCUACUACAUGGAAAUAUUUGGGGUCAUUCAAGAGAGUCGAAAUAGCUUUGGGGUUGCUGCCCUGUACUAAUUCAGAUAUGGUUUUACAUGUUUCGUAUUGUUGCAGGAAUCUAUGUAUAGGUUGGGGGGGGGUUGCCCCCCGGCAGAUAUCAUGCACAUGCAGCCCACUACCAAAAUCAGCACAAUCACUUUUGUGACUUUUGUGAUUUGUCCCCACAAAACACUUCAUCACAGUUUCUUCCUAUCUAUUCAAAGGGCCUUUGCUGCACGAUACCAAAUGUAAGAAUUCACUGAUCAAUGUAUCUCUGUACUGGCUCACUGGGAAAACUUUAGAAAUUCAUAUAGACAUGUGAGCUCAGCUCCUCAGCAGCCCCUCUGACUGAGUGAUAAUCCCUGGCAUCCUGAUACCUGAGUGCCAGACAGGUAGCCAUUCCGGAAAUAACAAACCCAGAUGAAGACAAAAGGGUGUGAUUCACUUGGCUGGGAAACAGGGAAAUGUAAAUAUCUCUUUUGUUACACUUGAUGGGUGUUUGGUGGAGGGCAAGGGGAACCAUGGGGCAGGGUCCCGGAUGCUCAGAUUACUGCCACCAGACCUCCCUUUUCAUUAUGUAACCAUGAUGUAUUAGUGAUGUGGUUUGGGGGGGUGUAACAUGGGGAUUAGCAGCUAAUAAAAGUUUGGGUUCUCUUUUGUUCGGGGUUUCCAUCUUGUUCCACCUUGUGGCAGGUGGGAGUCCUGUCGCGACAGUCUUCAAUAAAGACCAAGCCGACUGGCUGCUGUUUUACUCUGGUAUUCCUGGCUGGUGUCCUUGUUUUUUGUCCAAGGGAGCUCUCAGAUUUCUCCAUUAACAGUUUGUGUGUUUACCUUGUGCACCCAUGAAAACCCAUUCCAUUUUCAACACCCCAGAAUUUGUGUCCCAGUAGCCCUCUCUCCCUCCAUGAAUUUUCCUAAUUCUCCUUUAAAGUCCUCCAAAUCGGUCGCCGUCACAGCAUCUUGGGGCAGUGAACGCCACAGUUUGAUUUUGCGCUGCGUGAAUAAGUACUUCCCUUUUGCCUGUCCCAAAUCCCCCAACUUUCAGCGCCUCUUUUCAGCGCUGCCCCUUUCAUUCCUUUCCACUUCCAGCCUGAAGCAGCCGCAGAGAAAGUCUCUAAGGAAACAUCACUAAGGAACUACGAACCUCCCACGGCAUCCCGCUCAGGAAAGGAGAUUUCGAGCCGAACAGAAACUAAGGUAGUCUUUGGCCAGCUAGAGAACGGUACUCUUAUUGUUCCAUUUCUUCUACAAACUGCUUCCUAUAAAGCAUCUCAAAACGAUUUCACAACAAAAACUUGUAUUUCAAAAACUGCACAUAUAAAGACAGUUAAAACCAUUGUAUAAGGGGAGCGCGUGGCGCUGCGGUCUAAACCACUGAGCCUCUUGGGCUUGCCGAUCGGAAGGUCGGCGGUUCGAAUCCCCAUGAAAAGAUGAGCUCCCGUUGCUCUGUCCCAGCUCCUGCCAACCUAGCAGUUCGAAAGCAUGCCAGCCAAGUAGAUAAAAAGGUACCACUCCGGCAGGUGGUGGUGGCGCCCGCCCUGUGGAACGCCCUCCCAUCAGAUGUCAAAGAGAUAAACAACUACCUGACAUUCAGAAGACAUCUUAAGGCAGCCCUGUUCAGGGAAGUUUUUAAUCUGUGAUAUCUUAGUGUAUUUUUGGUUUCUAUGGAAGCCGCCCAGAGUGGCUGGGGAAACCCAGCCAGAUGGGCGGGGUACAAAUAAUAAAUUAUUAUUAUUACAGUGGUGCCCCGCAAGACGAAUGCCUCGCAAGACGGAAAACUCGCUAGACGAAAGGGUUUUCCGUAUUUUGAGCUGCUUCGCAAGACGAUUUUCCCUAUGGGCUUGCUUCGCAAGACGAAAAACGAAAACGUCUUGCAAGUUUGUUUCCUUUUUCUUAACACCGUUAAUACAGUUGCGACUUGACUUCGAGGAGCAACUCAUAGAACGCGGUGUGGUAGCCUUUUUUGAGGCUUUUCCAAAACUUCUUUUAAACUUUUAAAACUUUUUUGGGGGGUUUUGGAUUUUGGGUUGGGGUGUUUGGAAUUCAAGGACUUGGUGUUGGGGAGGGGUUUGCAAGAAUCUGGAAGCUUGUGUGUUUUUUUCUGCAUUUUUAUGAUUUUCUGUGACCAUUGGGCCACUCUGCUGUUUUUUUUAAAAAAUUCUGGAUUUGAAUUUCUGUGUGGUGGGUGGCUGGGGGAACAGUUGAGGAGGGGGUUCUUCAGCAAGAAGCAAAGAGUGGAAGAGGAACCUUCUUCGAGUUGUCCCCCAGAGUCUUAGAAAAUGUACUGUACACUUUGUUGAUUUUUAAAUGUUUUUCUGUCAUGUUUAGAAACUUAGUUUAUUGUUCCUUCAGUUUUUGAAAUGCUCUUUACAGUAUGUGUGACUUUAAAGAGCACUUAAUAAACUCUUGUUGUACCAAAUUUGGCUUUGUUUGGAGUGUGUUUGACCAUAGGAACGCAUUAAUUGGAUUUCAAUGCAUUCCUAUGGGAUUUCGUGCUUCGCAAGACGAAAAAUUCGCUAGACGAAAAAACUCGCGGAACGAAUUAAUUUCGUCUUGCGAGGCACCACUGUAGUAUUAUUAUUAUUUUUAUUAUUAUUAUUAUUAUUAUCCCUGCUCCUAACGUCUCUCCACCUCCUAGGCCUUGCCUGCGAGAGUGGACCCAGCCCCUUCAGACAUGACGCGCUUCAAGCCCAAAGCAGCCGCGCUCACCCAGAGGGGAAAAGACAAGACGUUUCACGACGCCAUGGAAGACAUCGCCUCACAGAUUAAGGACGCCAGCACUUCCUCCAUGGCAAAUAGCAUCAACUCGUUUGUGGACUCUCCGAUUGGGAAGGUGUUUGCAAACACCAUCGACCGAGCCCUGCAGAAAUCUGAGGAGUGGAUGAAUUAUUAUCUUCCUCUACCAGACACCAGCGCCGGUGAGAAAUGAGCAACCAUUUGGGCAGCCAAGGUGGUUUGUUUGUUUGUUUGUUUGUUUAACUUUAAAGCAAUGUUGCAUAUCAUGUACUCGUUGUUCUCCGAAUAUACAGUGGUCCCUUGAUUCUCAAACUUAAUUCAUUCCGGACGUCCGCUCCAAAACCAAAGCGUUCCAAAACCAAGGUGUGCUUUCCCAUAGAAAGUACAGUGGUACCUCGGGUUACAUACGCUUCAGGUUACAGACUCCGCUAACCCAGAAAUAGUACCUCGGGUUAAGAACUUUGCUUCAGGAUGAGAACAGAAAUUGUGCGGCGGCAGCGCAGCAGGGGCAGGAGGCCCCAUUAGCUAAAGUGGUGCUUCAGGUUAAGAACAGUUUCAGGAUAAGAACGGACCUCCGGAACGAAUUAAGUAUGUAACCAGAGGUACCACUGUAAUGCAAAACAGAUUAAUCCGUUCCAGACUUUGAAAAAGAACCCCUAAAAGAGUAAUUUAACAAGAAUUUUACUAACGAGACCGUUGAGCCAUAAAAUGAAAGCAAUCAUCAAUCCACUAUGCUAUAAAAUAAAUAAGACAAUACGAUAUACGAAGAAUAGAAAUAAAAAGUCAAUUACAUAAAAUACAUUUUAGGGUUUUGAAUCAAUAGUCAAAUAGUGGGUGUUAUUCUGAUUGUCCCAGCUAAAAACCUUGCAGCCUUUGCUGUCGCCUGCUCAUCUUGAUCUGCCCAGAGAAAGGACACUGUGGCAGUGGUUGGGCGACCCGGAAUGGGGAAUAAAAGAGGGGUGAUAAUCUCAUUCCUCAAGUCUUUAUAAAGAGUGCAAGCUGGUACUGCCAUCUCCACAGGGACAUAAGCGUUUUUCGUGUGGAAUCUGUUGGAAUCGUCCCUCAAGUCCAGCCAAGGGCAAGACAUUCAAUCUUGCAAGAGUAAAAGCGCGUCUAUGUUUUAGAAUUGCUAGGUUAUGCAGAUGGGGUGCCAGAGAGUCGAAAUGGGAAGGUGGAAAACAGUCAUACCAUGGGCAAAAUUUCCUUAUUGUGGCCAAGUUGUUCUGAUGCUCAAUAUCAUUUAGGCGCUGACAAAUUAGACUGUUUGCUUUACUUAAACCCAAAGUGAGACGCUGUUGUGGUGAUAAGCCACAAGACUGAAGUUUUUGAUAGAUAAUUUUAGUCCAGGCACUCUUGUGGCAAUCUUGCAGCACUAGGGAUAUUAAACCGGGGGGAUUUGAGUUUAGGCAAAGUCAAUAGUUACCGUAUUUUUCGCUCUAUAAGACGCACCAGACCACAAGACGCACCUAGUUUUUGGAGGAGGAAAACAAGAAAAAAUAUAUUCUGAAUCUCAGAAGCCAGAACAGCAAGAGGGAUCGCUGCGCAGCGAAAGCAGCAAUCCCUCUUGCUGUUCUGGCUUCUGGGAUAGCUGCGCAGCCUGCAUUCGCUCCAUAAGACGCACACACAUUUCCCCUGACUUUUUAGGAGGGAAAAAGUGAGUCUUAUAGAGCAAAAAAUACAGUAAGUGUCCUACGCCAGAUCCGUAAUUCUACCGGGGGAAGAUUAGCCUCUAGGCACAAUGAUGCGUUUGGGACACAGGGUGGUACAGAGAAAAUUUGCCUUAGGAACUUUGAUUUGACAGCUUCCGUAGAUCCAAGGGGAGUGCCAGUCCAAAUCUGAGUCCAAUAUAAUUCCAUCGCCUUGCGCCUCCUGACUGCAUGUUUUUCUCAGCUGACGCUGGCGGGAAGAAAGAAGAGCGUGACACAUCAAAAGACGAUCUCUGCAAGGAGGGCUGCUUCAUGAGGAUCAACUUCCUUUCCACCCAGCUGAGAAACCGGGCCUUUAGGUUUGUGCUUCACCGGCUGAAAGCGACCCGCAAGAACACCAAUGAACAGCUCUCGCGGCUCGAUCAGGUGUUGAACAUGGUAAGUGAGGCUGAACAUUGGGCAGUAGUGGCUCGCUGCGAAUUCUCCGCCGUUGAGGGGAAGUGUGUGGAACAGGUCUCAGUGUUUCGAAUUCUGGGAAUGGAGUUGAGAGAGGACCUAACCUGGGGAGAAAACAGCAAAGACCUUAUGAAGAGAGCACAGCAGAGGUUAUAUUUUCUGAGAAUCCUCCAGAAAAAGAAUCUCUCAAAGGACCUGUUGAUGGCAUUUUACCAUUGCACUGUGGAGAGUGUAUUAACUUAUGGUCUGUGUGUGUGGUUUGGGAGCUGCACGGCCAUGGAAAAAACAAUGCUGUCCAGGGUUGUAAAGACUGCAGAGAGAAUAAUUGGGUGCGCUCUUCCCACCUUGGAUCAAAUCUAUGCUGUCAGCUGCCAUGUCGCUGGGGAAACAAACAGUCUCCGUCCGCAGAACAUUCAAAAAUGGAGGCUUGCGCAAGGGGCCAGGGCCAGAAAGAGAGCCAGCGAUUGACCACACAUUCGCUCCAUAAGACGCACAGACAUUUCCCCUUACUUUUUAGGAGGAAAAAGGUGUGUCUUAUGGAGCGAAAAUACGGUACAGUCAUACCUCAGGUUGAAUGUGCUUUGGGUUGAGCGCGUUCGAGUUGCGCUCCGUGGCACGGAGCGUGUUACUUCCGGGUCUCGCCGCUCGCACAUGCGUAGAUGCUCAAAAUGACGUCACGCACAUGCGCGGAACCGGCAAAACGCGACCCGCGCACGCGCAGAUGCGCCGUCGCUUGUUACGUUCGCUUCAGGAUGCGAACGGGGCUCCAGAACGGAUCCCAUUCGCAUCCCGAGGUACCACUGUAAUUGGAUUUCUGUGCAAGCCAGAGUCCUCUUUGUUUUGCCAAAGCAGUAACCUCCUCUCUCUCUUUCUCUCUCUCAAUUCUCCCUCUCAGCUAGAUCACUCCCUGAGCCCGGGCCCUUCCAGCUUCCAAAAGGUCUCCGAAAGCUUGUCAAACAUUUUGCCGCAGUGGAAUACAAAGAUGGAGGCCCCGUCCCAGAAGCCCAGCGUGGUCCAGAAGUCCCUCUCAUUAAUGCCUGAGGUAUCUUGGUGAGGAACGGAGGCGUCCAAGGGCAAAUUGGCCAGUGGGUUGCCAUCAGCGGAAACAGCCCUUCUAGCCAGGGGAAAGCUGAGAAGCACUAUCAACCUCACACUGCCACUAGUGGCGAGGGGUGGAAUUACGGGAGCAAGCCGUCUUCCUGAGAUAUAAGAGGUGGAGCCUGAGAACGAAGGGCCAAUCAAAGGGGAGAACCUGGGAGUGUUAGGGCGGGCCUCAUUCAGCUGCGUAGCGUGGGGAGGGCCACAGGGGCGCAAAAUUGUUAGGGGUGCACAAUUUCAAUACAGCUGUGCACUUCCGUAGCUGUGAACCAGGAAGUGAACUCUCCAGACAAUGGAACUCUGCAUUUCUUAUCUCUGUGGCUGCGAUCUCCUGUGUGAUGUGGAUGCCGUUAGGCAGUUGAAUGCACAUGCAUCCUCUGUCCGUUUUGCUCCCUCUGCAUGGCUCCAUGCACCGGCAACCCCUGCUAUGCCACUGGCCUUAGUUAGGUGAAGUACUCCCCGUUCCUCCAUGGCGGACUGUUGCUCCACUUAAAAAGGGCUCUAUCUUAAGGUUACCAGAUGUUUUUCAAUGAAUCCGGGGACACUUUUCAACUUCAAUAGGAAUGAUAGGAUUUUGUAUGGGGACAGAUUUGUAAAUCCGGGGACAGUCCCUGUCCUCCUGGCCCGUGUCCAGAAAGUGGUGGUGGGGGAUGAGUGUUCAGACCCCUGGGCUCUCACUUGUGGGGUGCCUCAUGGUUCCCUCCUCUCCCCCAUGCUUUUUAAUAUCUAUAUGAAGCCGCUGGGAGAGAUGAUCAGGGGGUUUGGGCUGGGUGUCCAUCAAUAUGCAGAUGACACCCAGCUCUACCUCUCUUUCAAAUCAGAACCAGUGAAAGCGGUGAAGGUCCUGUGUGAGUGCCUGGAGGAUGGGUGGAGGCCAACAGAUUGAGGUUGAAUCCUGACAAGACAGAAGUACUGUUCUUGGGGGACAGGGGGAGGUGGGUGUGGGGGACUCCCUGGUCCUGAAUGGGGUACCUGUGCCCCUGAAGGACCAGGUGUGCAGCCUUGGAGUCAUUUUGGACUCACAGCUGUCCAUGGAGGUGCAGGUCAGUUCUGUAUCCAGGGCAGCUGUUUAUCAGCUCCAUUUGGUACGCAGGAUGAGACCCUAUCUGCCUGCAGACUGUCUUGCCAAAGUGGUGCAUGCUCUAGUUAUCUCCCUCUUGGACUACUGCAAUGCGCUCUACGUGGGACUACCUUUGAAGGUGACCCGAAAACUGCAAUUAAUCCAGAAUGCAGCAGCUAGACUGGUGACUGGGAGUGGCCGCUGGGACCACAUAACACCGGUCCUGAGAGAUCUGCAUUGGCUCCCAGUACAUUUCCGAGCACAAUUCAAAGUGUUGGUGCUGACCUUUAAAGCCCUAAACAGCCCAGGAUACCUGAAGGAGCGUCUCCACCCCCAUCGUUCUGCCUGGACACUGAGGUCCAGCGCCGAGGGCCUUCUGGUGGUUCCCUCAUUGCGAGAAGUGAGGUUACAGGGAACCAGACAGAGGGCCUUCUCGGUAGUGGCGCCCGCCCUGUGGAACGCCCUCCCCUUCAGAUGUGAAGGAAAUAAGUAUCUAUCUUCUCUUUAAAAGACAUCUGAAGGCAGCCCUGUUUAGGGAAGUUUUUAAUGUUUAAUGCUGUAUUGUUUUUAACACUUGACUGGAAGCUGCCCAGAGUGGCUGGGGAAACUCAGCCAGAUGGGCCGGGUAUAAAUAAAUUAUUAUUAUUAUUUAUUAUUAUUAUUAUUAUUAUGAAACGGGGAUGUCUGGUAACCUUACUCUAUCCUCUUUCAGCAACUGGAGAUGAAAGCUUUGACCAUGACCCGGGUCCUGGCCGACGAGUUGUACACAACCUACCGCAAUCUCCUGCCACACGUCGCUGAGCUCCCCGCUCACCUCCAGGAAAAAGUGACUCAGGUCUACCAGAGCAUGGAAGAGCUCCACUCUCAUUUGUCCUCCGUCGCCUCCCUCAGGGAUCUGCCAACCUACCUGAUCCUACAGAGCCGAGAGAGAAUCUCCGUCGCCCGGGAGAACCUGGACGAACUGCUAGAUUUCAUGGCCCAAAGCCAGGCAGGACAGUGGCUGUCUCAACCAAGUACUUCCAGGGUUGGAUUGCCGUCAGCUGGGGUGAGGCCACCGAUAACAGGGAACGCCGAAAGCAGAGGGGAAGAAGAAGGGUCCACGUCCUGGCAACAUUCACCACCUCACCCGCCGCCUUCGUAUCCAAAAGAUUCCCAGCUCUAAAAUCAGAUGAAGAGCGCUCCUCCGUGGAACGGAAGCUUUGGGUUACUACAGCUCCGGUUUCGUGCAACCCGGGAACCGUAACCCCAUGGAAGCCAGCUUUGCCAUCGCCAUCCUCUGCUUGUGAUUCAGGCAACUGAUCCCAUUGCAAUUAAAGGUCUCUCUGAAACAAGACGGCGCUUGC